CGGCCCAUGCUGAACCGGUUGGUCCUACUGGUUUGACUUCUUGAUCUACUUCAUCCCCGACGAUCUUGCUAUUGUGCCAUGUGGAACCAAGGGACCUAUCUGAUCUGGCUUUUUUCCUUCCAUGAGUUCCAUUCCUCUUUCCAGAUUUGAGUCUCCCACCUCUACCUCGCCCACGUUUCUCAUAUCUUAUGAUCCGUUAGAGAGAGAAACAAAGAGAGCUUUUUCUAUUAUGUUAAUGGCGAUUCUGUAACGGUCGAAACGAAUGAAUAAAAAGAGAAGUUUCAGGCUAUGAAGAUUUUUUAGUGAAUAAGUAUGUCAAAUAAGGUAGAUAAUUCCAACGUUCUGGAGCUUUCAAAGGAGCAUGAUAAAUUGAGGAAAGAGCUGGACGAUUGCCUUAUCAAGAUCAAUAAACUCCAUAAGAAGCUUCAAUCUUCUCCUGAGGUGGUUGAGAAGUCAGGUGAUGAUCUGUUGGGGAAGCUUCGAGAAUUGUAUCACAAGGCCAAAGAACUUACAGAGAAUGAAGUGAAUGUGUUGAUGACAUUGAACAAUGAAGUUGAUUCUUUUCUCCUACAGUCUGUGCAUUGCAGAAAAGAUGGCAGUGAACAGAAAAAGAAACGAAUGAAAGCUGAUUUCGAUAUUUCUAGGCUCUCUCCUGCUGGAUCCAUGGGUAAUCAACUUGAGCUUGCUGCUAGUCUCAAGGAUGAACAGGUAGCAGCUAGGAUCACACCUGAUGGAGCUGAGGAAGACGAGUGGAUUGUUGUAAAAGUAAUUCAUUUUGACAGAGAAGCAAAGGAAUUUGAGGUGCUUGACGAGGAGCCUGGUGAUGAUGGAGAAGGUGGAGGCCAGAGAAAGUACAAGCUUCAUAUGUCACACAUUAUUUCUUUUCCAAAGCAAAAUGAUCCUUCCAGUGCUCUAGAUUUCCCUACUGGAAGACAUGUUUUGGCAGUCUAUCCUGGGACCACUGCAUUGUAUAAAGCAACUGUAGUCAACAACCAUCGCAAGAAGAAAACUGAUGAUUACUCGCUGGAGUUUGACGAUGAUGAAGAAGAUGGAUAUUUACCACAGAGGACAGUACCCUUCCACAAGGUUGUCCCUCUACCUGAGGGACAUCGCCAGUGACAUUCAAUGUCUAUUAUAUGUGUGCUACUUAUUUUUACUGGUCUUUUAUACUUAGUUGUGUUAUAGCAGUUCAAUUUAUCAGACCCAUUUCUCAAAUUUACUUCCUUUAUCAGCAUUUGCAAGAGAAUAGAGGCACCGUGAGAGUGAAUCUACGCAAUCUAAAGCAAGGCCUUUGAUGAUGAAAGUGAAAAUGGGGGAAAUCAAACUAGGGUUUUUGAGGUGAUUGAAGUAAGAGGAAGUUAAUUGGGACAUGGUUGAAAUCAAAGGUUUCAAGAGAGAGGGGGAGGGGAGGGGAGGGGAGGGGGGACAAUGAUUUUACAAGAAUUAUCCCUCUACUCCAACGUAGCAAAAGUAUUUACGAGGGUAAAAAAGUCAUAGAGAAGUGAAAUGCUUCACAAGGUUGUAGUAACGGCUCGAUG